UUGAGAUGCGACUUGGAAACCACAAAUAUCUCUCCAACUUACGCCGAGACUUUGAUCUUUCACUCUGUACACUAUCUACACCAGUAUCGUGUCCCCCUCAAUUUUACAACGCAAAUACGAGCUCGACUUUAUCUCGAAAUCGAGACCCACAACCAAAGCAACCAGUCAAGUGGGGUAAAAAUUCACAUUCAACCCGCACACAAUAAAACAACACAAAUCGAGUGCGCAACAUCAGAGAGAGUCCGAGGUCAGGUCGCAUUAAACCGCAAUCAUGGCGCCGAGUUUCGACCACCUGCCAGACCCGGAGGAGGAUGAUUAUGAUGAGGAUGAGGAGCUAGACUUUUCAGAUCUACGAGAGAGAUUUGAGGUUCAGCUUGAGCAAGGACUGGAUGCUUUCGUGGUUAUAGAUGGACUUCCAGAAGUUACAGAAGAGACAAAGCCAAAAUUGAUCAAGUUCUUGAAGAGAAAAUUGGAUGCUGCAGGAAAGAUCAGGGAGGAGUCGAUACAUAUGCCACUUGGUGAGGAUGGCAAAUCAGAGAGAUUUGCCUUCGUCGAAUAUACUACCCCAGCUCAAGCAGUCGCUGCAUGCAAGCAACUGGAUGGCGUCCCCCUCGACAAGAAGCAUAUCCUGAGAGUCAACAAGCUGACCGACAUCGAGCGAUUUGGUCGAGAAGGACGUAUCGAUGAGCAUUAUACCGCCCCACACGUCGAAGAAUUCCAAGAGAAGGAGCAUCUCAGAUCAUGGCUGUCGGAUCCAAGCGGCCGUGGACGAGACCAGUUCGUUAUGUACAAGGAUGACAGAGUUCAGGUCUUUUGGAACAACGAGAAGGAUAAUCCAGAGAGCAUCGUGGAUCGCCAACACUGGACAGAGUCAUUCGUACAAUGGUCUCCCCAAGGUACUUUCCUCACCUCUAUGCAUCAACAAGGUGUUCAGCUCUGGGGUGGACCAUCUUGGACCCGACAAAAGCGAUUUGCUCAUCCAUUUGUCAAUCUGGUCGAUUUCUCACCCGGAGAGAAGUACUUGACAACAUGGUCAAACCGCCCUAUCGUCAUCCCGGAAGAAGGACACCCAGCUCUAUCGGUCGAUGAUGAUGGAAAGAACUACGUGAUCUGGGACAUUGAAACUGGCAAGCCACUUCGAUCUUUCGCCAACAUCGAACUUCCCAGUAACAGCAACGAUGAGAACGGUCAGCCAGUAAAGAGAAAGAUUGUCUGGCCAGCGUUCAAGUGGUCAGCCGACGAUCAAUAUGUCGCACGUCUCACACAAGGUGCUUCAAUCUCGGUCUAUGAGCUUCCCCGCAUGGGUCUCUUGGACAAGACAUCAAUCAAGAUUGAGGGUGUUAUGGACUUCGACUGGGCACCAGCUGUUCCUCACCGAGAAGGUGUCAAAACGUAUGAGCAAUUGUUCUGCUUCUGGACUCCUGAAUUGGGCAGCAACCCAGCAAAGGUCGGUCUGAUGAGCAUUCCCUCGAAGGAGAUCGUCAGAACCCUCAAUCUCUUCAGUGUCACUGAUGCUAAGCUUCAUUGGCAAUCCAAUGCCGAUUACCUUUGUGUCAAGGUUGACAGACAUUCAAAAUCAAAGAAGAGUCUCGCUACCAGCUUGGAGAUCUUCCGUGUUAAGGAGAAGGGAGUACCUGUCGAAGUCGUUGACUCGAUCAAGGACACUGUCAUCAACUUCGCUUGGGAGCCAAAGGGUGACCGAUUCGUCAUCAUUACCACUGCUGAAGUCGUCGCGCCAUCAGCUGUUCCUCCCAAGACCUCAGUCGCAUUCUACUGCCCAGAAAAGGUCAAGGGCGCUGGUGUUGGUAAUUUCAGACAUAUUAGAACAUACGACAAGAAGAACAGCAAUGCCAUCUACUGGUCACCAAAGGGUAGAUUUGUUAUUGUUGCAACAGUUCACUCCCAACAGAGUUUCGAUAUGGAGUUCUUUGAUAUGGAUUUUGAGGGUGAGAAGCCAGAAAGCGACAAGGAUCUUACUGCAAACCUGCAAUUGAUGAACACUGCCGAUCACUACGGUGUCACUGAUAUCGACUGGGACCCCACUGGACGAUUCGUCGCUACAAGUGCAAGUAUCUGGAAGCAUGCUAUGGAAAAUGGCUACCAUCUGUACGACUUCAAGGGCGAGCAGCUACGUGAAGAGCCCGUCGAGAAGUUCAAGCAAUGGCUCUGGCGCCCAAGACCACCAACGCUCCUCACCAAGGAAGAACAAAAGACAAUCCGCAAGAACCUCCGCGAGUACAGCAAGGUCUUCGAACAAGAAGAUGCUGAUCGUGGUGCCUCUGCUGAUUUGGCAGUCGUUGAGCACAGAAGAAGAUUGCUGAUGGAGUGGCUGGCAUGGAGAGAGCAAAUGGAGGAAGAAGUUCGUGAGGAGAGAAUCGAAUUGGGUCUCCCAUUAGAUCCAAUUGAGGGUCUUCUCAAGAAGAGCGAGCAACCAGAGGGUGAUGAGGAAGUUAUUGAGAUUGAGGAGCUUGUUGAGGAGGUUAUUGAGGAGAGUGAGGAAAUUGUUUCGUGAAUGUGAGGGUUCUGUAGAGUCUCUUCUUGACUUCACUUUUCAUUUUCUCUGCACCUGGUAGGAUGCACGGAGUUUUUGCUUUGCAUGGAUUCCGGAUAUGCAUUUAUCUCUUUACGGAGCUACGAAGGGAUGCAUAGAUGAUAAAAGCAUAGCAAGAAUCCAAAUACUACUCAAUC